GCAGAAAUCGGGAGAAUGGGAAGGGAAGAUCCUCUUGGGCGUCUUCAUAUAAAUGACGGCGGUGCUCGCGGCACGGGAUCACAGAUUCGAUCUCGUUCAAAUCGACAAAGCCGUACACAACCGCCGACAAUCGUCGUUGUCGUCGUCAUGCAGUAUCUAAUCUUGGCUUUUGCCGUCUUCGGCUGCGUCUUUGGACAAUUCGGGUCGUAUCGUGGUUUUCCCAGCCAAAAUGCAUACAGACCAACCCCGAGGCCUUAUCAGCCGCAACCACAGCCGCAGCCACAACCGCAAUAUAAUCAAUACACAUCUCCCGCAAAGCCGUUCAUAGGUAUUCGAAGCCAACACAAGGAUACAUCACCAGACGGAUCUUACGAAUUCGGCUAUGAAACCGAGAACGGAAUUUCAGUUUCUGAAAGAGGAUAUCCUCAAGUUGGACCUCAGGGUCAAACAGAGGUGGUCCAGGGCAGUUUUUCGUAUCAUGCACCCGACGGAACCCCCAUCACCAUCCAAUAUACGGCCGAUGAGAAUGGUUUUCGUGCUGAGGGUGCCCAUAUUCCCACGCCGCCCCCCAUUCCGGAAGCCAUCAGAAGAGCGCUUGCGGCGAAUCCGCCCGGGCCCGAUGACGAGAAGUACGAUCGGCAACCCUUCCAGCAGAGAUUCGGCGGAUCGACGUACAGUCCAUUUCAGACCAGGAGAUUCUAGUUUCACCAUAUGAUUCGUAAAAUCCUCCGCGAUGCACCGAUGACCAGCAGCACAAUCCAGCGAAUCCGCUGGAGGGAGGCUCGGCUAGAUAUCGAUCCAUGUGACGGCUUUGAGUCAUUUUUUUCCCUCCUCAGCCUCUAAUGCGAAGUGAUACGUGUACAUAGAACACAGUAUGGUGAAUAACAAAACAAUAUCGAUCCCUACAUAAGAUCCCUGUAUAACUUGCCGUUACGCAAUAAAUCAAUAUAUAUUGUUUCUACUUA